GAUCUCUGGUUGAAUCGGAGUCUUCCCGUCAUGCACCGCGGCAUCCCUCCCGUCCAGCUGUGUUAUCUCCGGUUCUCCUGUUCUUCAGAUGAGUCCGGUUCUAACGGGAGUUCGGGUCUGAUCGGAUCAUAGCGGAAUCUCUGGCGACCCCCCAGACGGUUGAUGCCGCUCACGGUGCGGAGUUCUGCCCGGAGGAGGAGGAAAGGCCCGGAGGAGAAGCUGCCGGAGCGGCCGGGGGAGUCUUCUGCUCAGGUGAUGGCGCCCACAAGGAUGAAACUGCGGGUGCGUCGGCGUGACACGGCGGCCGCAGCAGGAGGUGGUCAGCCAGAGGACGAGGAGGAGGAGGAGGCGGUGAGGGGCAGGGAGAGCAGUGGGCGCAGCAGCAGGAGGAAAAACACCAACAACACCUCGACCGCCGCCGCCGCCUCUUCCCCCGCCCCCUCCUCCUCAGCCACCACCUCAGCGCGGGUGAUGGCGGCGGAGGAAGCGUCGCCGGACUCAAAGUGCCCAAUCUGCCUGGACCGCUUUAACAACCUGGCAUACCUGGACCGCUGCCUGCACCGCUUCUGUUUCCCGUGCAUCCAGGAGUGGUCGCACAACAAGGCGGAGUGUCCGCUCUGCAAGCAGCCGUUCGCCUCCAUCCUGCACUCGGUGCGCGCUGAGGACGACUUCAAGGAGUAUACACUGCGGCCGCCUCCCGCUAACAGCAGCGUGGCCGCUACUGUGGCCAUGGUGGCGGCCAUGGCCUCUGCGGCGAGGAGCGACCACCAGAUGAGGCUGAUGCUCAGGAGGCACCGUGGGGCAGACGGCGGUGAGGCAGUCACACGGCGCCGGCGGAGGGAGCGGGGAGGGGCGGGGAGGCGUUCGGGCAUCUGGGAGUGGUACCUCGACUCGCCGCCGCUCGCUCUCCCGCCGGUCCCGCACCACCCUGCCUCCUCGCCAGUCGUUGCCGAGGACAGCGAGGAGGGUGAGGACGUGGAUGAGCAGGGUGUGAGGGGCGGGGAGGACCUCGCGGAGCGUGGUGUGAUAUUUGAGGGUCUGACGGGACUCUCAGGUGCUGUGGCUCCUAUGGCCCCAAAUGACCGGGCGUCACGCCGGCUGAUGACUCGUCUGGUGGUGAGGCAGCGGCUGCAGCGGGAGGGCGGCGCUGUGCGCUGGCUGCGGGAGAGAGAGACAGUUGCCUUCCGUCGCGCUCUCUACCGGAGCACCAUACGGGUCCGCGGCGUAGCCGGCCUUGCCGCGGGGCAGACACAGCGCGACAUCACGGCGGAGAGCUUCCGCCGGAAUCCCACCCACCUGAACAGGCUCCGCCCCUGGCUGCGACGGGAGCUCACGGUGCUGUACGGUGCCCAUGGUUCGCUGGUCGACAUCGUCCAGCGCAUCAUCAUGGCUCGGCUCGCUCGCCACGGACUGGAGGACACGCCCACCAUAGAAGAAGAGCUCCGCCCCUUCCUGCUGGCGCGUACCGACCACUUCCUGCAUGAGCUGGUCAGCUUCGCCCGCUCGCCGCUCAGCCUGGAGCACUACGACCUGCAGGCCGUGUACGAGCCACCAGCCGCCGCCACUGCUGCCGCCAUGGAGCUGAACGGGACGAGCAGCUCGUCUGACAGCAGCUCCGUCAUUGCCAUCUCUGAGGGUGAGGACGAGGAGCGGGCGGCGGCGAGGCCGGGCGCCGCGCACAGCGACGUCAUCCAGUCCUGGAGCAGCCUCAGUCUGGCAGCGUGGGACGACGAGACACCCGGCCCCUCCUACUCCACCGCCGAGCCACCGUGUUCGAUCAGCUCGCCGCCGCUCAGCCCCGCCCCUCAGGAGGCGUCGGAGGCGCGGGCGGAGAAGCGCGAGGAGGAGGAUGAGUGUCUAAUUGUCGGCUACAAGAAGCCGAUCGCCGAGAGAACACCGGAGCUGGUGCAUCUCUCCUCCGACACUGACGGAGAAGAGGAGAAGAAGGAGGACGCUGCCGCGCCGACGGAGAAGCCCCUCCCCCUCGUAGCCACACCCCCGCCCCCCCUCUCCUACUUACCCACAAUCCCUCCCUCCACGUCCGGCGCCUGCAGGGACGAGCCGGAGAAAGACGGCCUGCCCGGCGUGCACCACGCCCACUCGUGGUCGUGCAGUUCGGGGAGGAACUCCGUUUGCACGCUCAGCGAGGAUGCCAACCGGCCACCGGAGCGCUGGAGAGAUGGGCAGCGAGGCGGCGGUGAGGCAGCGAGGGAGAAGAGGAAGAAGAAGAGGAGGCGGAGAGGGCAGGAGAGAAGCGGCACCCUGUACAACCCCAACCGCUCCAUCUACCCCGCCAUGAUGCGUCACCGAUCCCACUCGCCCUCGCCGUUCCGCUCCAGCGCUGAGUCACGCUCGCCGCCGCCAUCGCCCAGCCCGCCCGCCUCCAGCUGGGAGUUCCACUGCUCCCAGGUGUCCCCACUCACCUCCUCCGUCUCCUCGUCCUCUCGCUACUCUUCCUCGUCCACAUCCUCCUCGCCGCUCUGCUCCUCGCCACGGCCGUCCUCGCAUACGCCGCCGACGCUCUCGCCCGGCCACGCCCACCACGGUGGUGAGAAACCCGGCGGGAAGAGGAAGUACAAGAGCCGCCACCUGGACAGUGACGACAAGGACCCCACCUGGAGGCCGAGCAGCGGCCGCGGCGAGAAGGAUGGGCGGCGGCCACGGGGGCGGAGACGAGAGCAGCAGCGGAGGGAAGGUAGCAGCAGGAGCAGCCGCGUCGAGCGCUCCCCCAGCGUGGAGAUCAUCUAUGAGGGAACCGUCAGCGAUGCGCCGCCCGCCGCCAAACGCCGCCGGAGACGCCACCGCAAGACGCAACACAGCAGCUCUCCGGUCAUCAUCACGCUGGACAGCGACAGCAGCCACGACGAUGACAUCAUCCCACGUCGCAGCAGCAGCAGCAGCCCAAUCAGCAGCCAGCAGACCGUUGACUUCUCCGACCUGCCGCCAAUCCCACUGGUGCACGCCGCAGGCGCCAACCUGAGCGCAGAGAUCGGCGAGCUUCCCGUCGACAUCCUGGACCGCGGGUCGGAUGGGUCGGACACGGAGCCAGCAGGCCGGUCGGACACCAUGGGCCCCAUCGCCAUCGACAACAGUGAGGACAGCGACCGUGACGUGGACGUGGAGAACGUGGACGAGAACGGCUCACCGACGGGGUCGGAUGGCGACCAUGGACCAAUGAGGCCGUCCGAUACAAAGUUUGACCACAGAGAAGCAGGAGAGAACACUUCCGCCGCCUCCGACAGCCGCUUGCUGGCGUCGAUCCUCAGCGACCUCGCUGGUCCGAAGGCUGAGCAGUCUGUCGACUUCCUGCCCCGCUCGCCCCCGGACGCCAGGAAGAAGCUGUUCAGAGACCCAUGUGCAUCGUGGGUGGACCGGGGCGACUGGUUAGCCGAGAUGAGGCGUCAGUCUAACGACUUCCUCGACCACACUGACCUGCCGCCGUGUCACUCCGCCGCCCGCCCACCGCUACCUCACAGGUGGCUGAAGCCGAGUAAGGAUGUCCCGCCACUGCUGAAGCAGGCGAGCCCCGUGAGGUCCCACAACAGAAACACGCCGCCGCCAUUAAAACACAAAGACGCCGGGAGUCCUCGCGGGUCACCCGCCCCGUCCGCUGACCUGCAGGCCACCGGCGCUCUGAACUCUCACAUUGACCUCCGCUCUAGCCCUGCCGCCUCCGCCGCAGACCCUGCAGAAGAUAAACCGACCAUCCUGCCAACCUCAGAGCUGAAGAGGUGUUUCCUGAGGGGAGAGCUGGCCACUCCAAGCAUCGUUUCAUCCAAUGACACGCCUCCUUCCUGUCACUUAGCAACCACUGACUCCCACCCAGCCGCACCAACCAGCGAAAAACAUUCCACAAAUCUGAAACCUACUUGUGAAAACCGUUCCACUCCUCUGGAGUUCAAUUCUUUUAAUUCUUAUGAGUUACAUUCUUCUUCUGGCCCCGGGUCGUCGCCCGUUGACUCCCACCCUGUGAACUCUCUGGCUGACUCGACUUCCAGACGCUGCACCAAUAAAACUCAGAGCCCAGAACCCCCUGACCUCCAACACUGCAGCAGCGUUUUCUCAGGAGUCAACCGUAAUGAUGCGUCACCUCCUGUUUCUGUUUCAUCCACCGACUCUAGGACUCAGAAUCCCUCCUCGACCAUUGACUCCCACUAUUCCGGUCUGAGAGAGAACCCGUCAGAAAGUGUUUCCUCCUCUGAAGAACGUUCAGUGCAAACGAAGGCUGCCGGCCGCAGCUCGUCACCCGUUAACCUCCAUCCUGGACGUCCCAAAUCUACAGUUGACCUCCAUCCUGGACAUCCCAAAUCUACCGUUGACCUCCAUCCUGGACAUCCCAAAACUCCCGUUGACCUCCACCCUUCCAACGCAGCUUCAGAUAAACCUAAAGAACCGUCGUUAGUCAACCACGGGGGAACAUCACCCCCCAUUGACUUGCAUCAUCUCGUGCCCCCCGUUGACUUGCAUUCUGACGAACACUUGAACCACACGGCCUUAUCCUCCGCUACCUUUCACGCGGCGCACACAAAGUGCUCUUCUCAGUCCGAACCGACUGCUGACUCGCACUCCAAACUCCUUCGACUCGCGGACUCGAAACCUCACAACCACUUUAGUCUGCUCCCCACUGACCCCCAUCCAAACAGGAGAGACUUCAGACUCCCUGCAGACAAUCACGACACGUCUUCCCCCGAGUCGCCCGCCGCCGACCAACACUCAGCCCAGUGGAACACACACACACACUCGGCCACAUAGGACACACGCAAGCACACACACACACACACACGCAAACACACACACACACACGGACUAAAAAGGAUUGAACUGUUUUGAGACUUUGAUGGAGGGACUAUGCUGAUUUUUACCUCUGGUACUCUUUCUGUUUUUUUAACUUAAGUUGUAACUCUCUGUGGUCGCCAUGGCGUCCGGACGCCGUGUGUGUCUGUCUGUCUGUACGGAACGUUGUGAAAUAAUUAUUUUCAAACGUCACUCAGUUUAUUUUCUGUGGCACUGGCUCAAUGAGAGAAAUCAUCACUAAUGAAAUCUUUUCCUCCUGAAAUAAUCCUGUUUGUCUGCUUUAAUUACUAUAUAUAUAAUAAUAAUAAUGAUAAAAAAUAAUAAAAUAUAUAUAUUACAAUAUACAAA